AUGCCAUCUCGACAGGCCUCUCACUCUGGAUCAUGGUACUCAGACAGUGCCCGUACCCUGGCCCGUCAGCUGGAUGGCUGGCUAGCGCAGGUGCCAGACACGAUGGAGAAGGUUGGCUCGCUGCCAACUCCAGGAGCCAGAGUGAUCAUCGCACCGCAUGCGGGGUAUUCAUACUCGGGGCCCUGCGCGGCCUACGCAUACAAGGCACUGGAUCUCUCCAAAGCAAAGCGAAUCUUCAUUUUGGGACCGUCACACCAUGUCUCACUCGCAACGCUGGCUCUUCCAACACUAACUUCCUACCGCACCCCUCUCUCCGAUGAGCCCCUUCCGCUAGACACGGAGCUGAUUACCCAGCUUUUCGAAACCCAGGCAACCAAACCGAAUGGGACAAAGAUUAGAUUCACAACUAUGUCACGUUCGGUUGAUGAAGACGAGCACAGCAUCGAGAUGCACCUGCCCUACAUCCACCGCUUGCUUCAGCUCCAAUAUCCAGAUUCUUCGGCCUCUGAGUACCCACCUUUAGUCCCGAUAAUGGUCGGAAAUACCUCAGCUGCGACAGAGCAGGCAUUUGGGGCCCUCCUAGCCCCCUACCUGGCGGACCCAGAAAACGCCUUUGUGAUAAGUUCAGAUUUCUGCCACUGGGGUCUCCGAUUCCGCUACACCUACUAUGUUCCGCAAGCCCCCAGGCCAGGGCCACAACUCCCAUUAUCUGGUGAUAUACUUCCGCAACCUGGAAUGGCUGCAAGCAGCGUUCAUCAGGCCGUCGAUAUGGUUUCGCUUGGUCACUCCUUGCGGCAACGCGAUCGCAUCUCAAGUCGUGGACCUGCCAUUCACGAGAGCAUCUCAGCAUUUGACAUGGCUACCAUGGCUGCCAUCACGACAGGAUCUGCAAAGUCCUUUCUGGACAUAAUUGAACGCACGGGUAACACAGUUUGCGGGCGCCAUCCGAUCGGGGUAAUCAUGGCAGCCCUGGAAUUCAUCGCGGCAAGUUAUGCAGCUGAUCAGGAAGGACGCUUUUACUUCCUGCGGUACGAGCGUAGCUCAGAUGUAGAGGAAAUUGAUGACAGCUCAGUGAGCUAUGUCUCUGCCUUUGCUGUGCUUUAA